UCAGAAUGAUUAUCAUUGUGAAGGGAUAAAACCAUUUCAUUAGGGUACCGUGAGUCUUAUCAAUUAAUGUAGCUUGGGAAACUACCGUAUGUUUCAUAGUUCUUCGCAAUAACCUGGCAUUGAGAAAGGAAACCAUUUUCAAAGAGCCAUUCCUUCGACGCCGUCAAGGCUAGAGACAUCAUGAGUGUCAUCAGUGCCGGUUUAAUCAUGCUUCUACUAACCACUGUUACUGAAAGCCGUGUAUUCAACGUCGCUAUAAUACUGAACAUAAGUGACAUCAAACAAAAUAAUAUUUUGUCUGAGGCAACAAAAGUUAUUAACCAAACGCAGAAUGAAAUAGCUGGGAGUUCAUCGACAAUUCGUUUCACUGAGCAACACCUUCCUACGUUUCCUUCAACGCCAAAAAAUGUUUUGGAAUCGCAUCUUAAUUUUACCAGCAAUAUCACAGCUACCACCGAUUUGGUAAUUUUCAUGGAAAUAUCAAUAAACUCCCUAAUCCUCGCGGACAUCCUCAAAGAUUUAUACAUUCCAACGAUUGGAAUUCAACAUAGAGAAAUUGGAGUACUUUCAUCGGAAUCCCUUAAUCUCUUCACUCGAGUGCCAACACAGUCUUUGAUUCGCGACACUGCUUUCGUCAUCAAAGACAUCAUCAACAAAAUGGGGUGGCGCAGAAUCGGCCUGUUAACAACCGCYGACCAGGAAGGACUACAACUUGCAACAAUAUUCCAGAGUUUUUCAUUGGAUGAAAACUGGGAAACAUUAGAAAUCGCAUGGAUAAGUUUUGAUACAAAUUUAAAUAGACUCUUUCAAGAUAUCGUCGACUUUAAACCUGAUUUAUUGGUGAUCCACGGACAAGGGGGGAAAGUUGAAAUAUUCGAUGCAGCAAAGUUUUUCACUUGUCCAUUGCUCAUGACUAGUUCUGUUUUUGAUGGAAUUUUGACGGAAAAUACACCUUCUGGAGUUUUAAAGUUGAGCCUUCGAAAGGUAAUUCCUGAUGCUGAUCAUCAUUUUAACGUACAAAUGCUGUCAGAAAGUAUGGCUCUUGUUCAGAAUGCAUUUAGUGAUACAGUUCAGAAACUUUGUGAAAAUGAUAUCGAUCGCACAAACUGUGAAAAUGCGCUCAACAAACGUCUGGUAAGAGAGCAAGUAAGCAGCUACAUUUCCAACUAUUCCAAAGCUGGAUCUGUAUUUUUUAUUCCUGGUCCAAAGGAUUUACCAGCUCAAGUCUUCGACAUAUGGAAUUUGAGAACAGACUUACGAGGCCAUAAAUAUUGGUUGGAAAUUGGAAUGUGGACUCCGGCUGGCAUCGCUCUCGAUUCUUUCGUAAUCCAAAACGAAAAGAAGUUCACGCCAUCGUUACAUAAUCCAAGACCAACACUUCGUGUUCCUGUGGUUGGCGUUCCGACAUGGAUGGAAGUUGGUGAACCUUAUAAUAACAAACCAGAAGGAGAAUGCCUCAGUGGGAAACCUUGUUAUUCUUAUGAGAAAAUUGGGAACUCAAACGAAGUUACAAGGAUUAAACACUGUUGCGUAGGCGCAGUAAUCGAUCUUAUAAUUCUGCUCGAAAAUGAUCUUGAAUUCAAGUCAUAUAUUUAUUUUGCUCCUGAUAAAAAAUGGGGAAUUUACAACGAAACUUCAAAAAAUUGGAAUGGGUUGAUGGAGCAGUUGACGACUGGGAAAGGAGAUGUGACAGCUUUGCUUGGAAUAGAUAAAGCGAGGUAUCAAAGUGUUGGAUUCACUCAACCSUACAUGAAUCUGGGAAUGAAUAUCUUGGUGAGAAAAACGGACAUACCAUAUUUCUGGGCAAUGAAUUGGAAGUUUCUGGAACCUUUCAARAUUGAGUUAUGGCUUACAAUCACAUGCGUCAGUAAUAUCUUUCUUCUAGUAAUCUGGGGACUUGACAGACUGAGUCCUCAUGGUCAUCGACGAAGAAUCUCGUUGUUACAAGAGGAGGAUUCGCCAACAAAGGACAAUGGGUUUAGUUUACUCGAUUCCAUGAGUUAUGUCUGGGGCGUGGCGUUCAGCAAAGACAUCGGAGCAGAAAACACACCUCGAAGUCCCAGUGCACGUUUCGUCUCGAUCUUCUUUGGUUUUAUGGCGCUUAUUCUUGUCAAUACAUACUGUGCUAAUCURACUGCAGUCUUAAUGCAAGAUAAAUUUUCGUCGCCAAUCAAUGGGAUUCGAGAUAAGAAGCUUGUCGACCCUUUACUCUAUCCUCCAGACGGUUUCCAGCUUGGAGUAGUGCGUGGUUCUCUCGAGGAAUGGUACUUCAAGAAUCACAAAGAUACUCAGAUCCAGCUACUAUAUAAUGUCAACAUUAAAAUCAACCUCGUUGAUGAUUAUGAAGGCGGAUUUAGACAACUACAAGAUAGGAAACUCGAUGGUUUGGUUGGUGACGAGAUAUCCCUCCAAGCACAGGCAAACUUAGCCAACUGUGACUACAACCUCAUUGGAACAAAAUUUUACGAGUUCGGCGUUGGUUUCGCAUUCAAGAAGGACUCUCCCUGGCUACACAAAGCGACUCUGUCAGUCCUCAAGAACCAAGAGAACGGAACCAUUGAGCAUAUCAAAAAACUUCGCUUUCCUUCAAAACCUUGUGAGAAACUUUCUUUCCGGAGGUUUAACAUCGAUGACUUCAGUGGUCUUUUCAUUACCGUCCUGUUGGUGAUAAUGUUUGGGAUACUCGCUCUUGUUGCAGAGCUCUUUAUAAUCUUUAUCCUCAUAAAGUACUGGGAGUUUCUUGGAUGCUUUGGCAGGAAACUCAGGUAUUUUAUAUUUGGUGUCAAAGAGAGUGAUCGCCAUUUGAUCGAUAUUCAAUGGAUAUCGGCAUUUGGAAGAAGUUUUGGAAAAAGCUGGGAUGUCAACAUCAAAACGCCACAAGCAAGUCUUAACAAUGGCCACAUUAUGUACCAAAACGGAUUCUCUGCUAAGAACGGUAUCAAGAACGAUGGGUUUUUUAUUUCGGAUGACUUUAGUAACGGUUUAUUUAGUGCUACGAGAGCUUCAGGCAGGAGUUUAACUUCUCUACAUUCGUUUGAAAUGCGUGAAGAGACUACACAACGAAGCAGCCAUUCCUCAAGUCAAUAUAAUCGACAUAAGAAGAAUAAGAAUAAAAGCGUACGGAUAGCGGAAGCGAACGAUAUUCGACAAGCGAACACMGAUGGAAUGGUAUAUUCAAAUGGCACCGAAUUGUAAUAAUAAUAAUAAUAAUAAUAAUAAUAAUAAUAAUAAUAAUAAUAAUAAUAAUAAUAAUAAUAAUAAUAAAUUAUCGAUGCUGAAUAAUUUUUAAGACGUACAUCCAACUCGCUCAUAUUGUAUUCACCAAAAUGAAUUGCUCUGUACCAAUCAUAUUGCAUGUAAUAUAUAUCUCAGUUUCUCAGUUUCRUAACCAAUUAGAAGCGUUGUACAUAAAAUAAACCAUAUACGGCGAUACACAGGCAGCCCAAGGAAAGUUGUUUUUAUAGGAAAAAGCGAAAAUCUUAAGAAUAAAAGAUACAUAAACUCAACAAA